CGGGAGGCGGCGCUGGGCCGGUGGCAAGCCCCCGAAGGGAGCCGCAGUAGUACGACGGAAGAUGGCGACGAGCGGCGGCGAUGAGGCGGCGGCGCCGGCGCCGGCGCCCGGGGCCCCGGCGACGGGGUCCAGCACAACCCCGGGCUGGGAGGUGGCGGUGCGGCCCCUGCUGUCUGCGUCCUAUUCCGCCUUCGAGAUGAAGGAGUUGCCGCAGCUGGUGGCCUCAGUCAUCGAGAGUGAAUCCGAAAUCCUGCACCAUGAGAAGCAGUACGAGCCCUUCUACUCCUCUUUUGUUGCACUUUCCACACACUAUAUUACAACAGUCUGCAGCCUCAUUCCCCGGAACCAGCUUCAGUCCGUGGCAGCAGCCUGUAAAGUCCUGAUUGAGUUUUCUCUGCUACGUCUGGAGAAUCCAGAUGAGGCUUGCGCUGUGUCCCAGAAACACUUGAUUCUCCUCAUCAAGGGCCUGUGCACUGGCUGUAGCCGACUAGACAGGACUGAAAUUAUCACGUUCACAGCCAUGAUGAAAUCCGCCAAGCUGCCACAAACAGUGAAGACGCUCUCAGAUGUGGAAGAUCAGAAAGAGCUGGCCUCACCAGUAAGCCCAGAGCUGAGGCAGAAGGAGGUACAGAUGAAUUUUUUGAAUCAGCUGACGUCAGUUUUCAACCCUAGAACUGUAGCAUCACCGCCCAUAGGUCCACAGACUCCGGCUGAAGGGGAAAAUGAUGAGCAGUCAUCCACAGAUCAAGCCUCUGCUGUCAAAACCAAGAAUGUGUUUAUAGCUCAGAAUGUGGCUAGUCUUCAAGAGCUUGGUGGCUCAGAGAAGCUGCUGCGUGUGUGUUUGAACCUACCGUAUUUCCUGCGCUACAUCAAUCGGUUUCAAGAUGCAGUGUUGGCCAAUUCUUUCUUCAUCAUGCCUGCAACAGUAGCAGAUGCCACUGCUGUUCGCAAUGGUUUUCAUUCACUGGUGAUUGAUGUUACCAUGGCAUUGGAUACCCUCUCUCUACCUGUGUUGGAGCCUCUCAAUCCUUCUCGUCUGCAAGAUGUGACAGUCCUCAGCCUAAGUUGUCUCUAUGCAGGCGUGAGUGUGGCAACUUGCAUGGCCAUCCUGCAUGUGGGUAGUGCCCAGCAGGUGCGGACGGGGUCCACGAGCUCCAAAGAAGACGACUACGAGAGCGAUGCGGCUACGAUCGUCCAGAAAUGUCUUGAAAUAUAUGACAUGAUCGGACAAGCGAUCAGCAAUUCCCGCCGGGCCGGUGGAGAGCACUAUCAGAACUUCCAACUGCUGGGUGCCUGGUGUUUGUUAAACAGUCUUUUCCUCAUAUUGAACCUCAGCCCUACUGCCUUGGCUGAUAAGGGGAAAGAGAAAGACCCACUGGCCGCACUCCGAGUCAGAGACAUCCUUUCUCGCACAAAAGAGGGAGUGGGCUCUCCUAAACUGGGGCCUGGAAAAGGGCACCAGGGCUUCGGGGUGCUGUCGGUCAUACUAGCAAACCACGCUGUCACGCUGUUAACCUCUCUUUUUCAAGACCUGCAAGUGGAAGCACUGCACAAGGGUUGGGAAACAGACGGUUCCCCGGCAGUCCUGAGCAUUAUGGCCCAGAGCACCUCCAUCCAGAGGAUUCAGCGGCUGAUCGACUCUGUCCCACUGACGAACCUGCUGUUGACACUGCUGUCAACCUCCUACAGAAAGGCCUGUGUCCUGCAGCGUCAGAGGAAGGGCUCCAUGAGCAGUGAUGCCAGUGCCUCUACUGACUCAAACACCUACUAUGAGGAUGAUUUCAGCAGCACAGAGGAGGACAGCAGCCAAGAUGAUGACAGUGAGCCUAUUUUGGGGCAAUGGUUUGAGGAGACCAUCUCCCCCAGUAAGGAGAAAGUGGCACCUCCACCCCCUCCCCCACCCCCUCCGCUGGAGAGCUCGCCUCGCGUUAAAAGCCCCAGUAAACAGGCCCCUGGUGAGAAGGGCAACAUUUUGGCUAGUCGCAAAGAUCCUGAGUUGUUCUUAGGUCUGGCUUCCAACAUUUUGAACUUCAUUACCUCUUCCAUGCUGAACUCACGGAAUAAUUUUAUCCGAAACUACCUGAGUGUGUCUCUUUCAGAACACCACAUGGCCACCCUGGCCAGUAUCAUUAAGGAGGUGGACAAAGAUGGACUCAAGGGUUCAUCAGAUGAAGAGUUUGCUGCUGCUCUCUAUCACUUCAACCAUUCUCUGGUAACUUCUGAUCUUCAAUCGCCCAACCUGCAGAACACGCUGUUGCAGCAGCUGGGAGUAGCGCCUUUCUCUGAGGGCCCCUGGCCCCUGUACAUUCACCCUCAAAGCCUCUCUGUGCUUUCACGCCUUUUGCUCAUCUGGCAACAUAAAGCCGGUGCUCAAGGUGAUCCAGAUGUCCCUGAAUGCCUUAAAGUUUGGGACAGGUUCUUGUCGACCAUGAAGCAGAGCGCCCUGCAGGGGGUGGUGCCCAGUGAGACGGAAGAUUUGAACGUAGAGCACCUGCAGCUGCUCCUCCUCAUUUUCCACAACUUCACCGAGAAAGGCCGGCGGGCCAUACUGACCCUGUUCGUGCAGAUCAUCCAGGAGUUGAGUGCCAGCGUGGAGGCCCAGGCGCGCUCCGUGCCCCUCAUCCUGGCUCGCCUCCUUUUGAUCUUCGAUUAUCUGCUUCAUCAGUACUCCAAAGCCCCUGUGUAUCUGUUCGAGCAGGUACAGCAUAACUUGCUGAGUCCUCCUUUUGGGUGGGCAAGUGGAUCCCAGGACAGCAACAGCCGCCGGGCGACUGCCCCUCUCUAUCAUGGGUUCAAAGAAGUAGAAGAAAACUGGUCUAAGCAUUUUUCAUCAGAUGCUGUCCCACAACCCAGAUUCUACUGUGUCCUGUCCCCAGAAGCCUCAGAGGAUGAUUUGAAUCGACUUGAUUCUGUGGCGUGUGAUGUUCUUUUCUCCAAGCUUGUCAAAUAUGAUGAGCUUUAUACGGCACUGACGUCACUGCUUGCUGCUGGAUCCCAGCUUGACACAGUCCGGAGGAAGGAAAACAAGAACGUGACGGCCCUGGAGGCCUGUGCCCUUCAGUAUUACUUCUUGAUACUGUGGAGGAUCCUAGGGAUUUUGCCACCAUCAAAGACUUACAUGAACCAGCUGGCCAUGAAUUCCCCUGAGAUGAGUGAAUGUGACAUCUUACACACCCUGAGGUGGUCUUCCCGUCUCCGCAUCAGCUCCUACGUCAGCUGGAUAAAGGAUCACCUUAUCAAACAGGGCAUGAAGGCUGAACAUGCCAGUUCUCUCUUAGAACUGGCAUCCACCAAGUGCAGCUCAGUGAAGUAUGACGUUGAAAUUGUAGAGGAAUACUUUGCUCGACAGAUCUCAUCAUUCUGUAGCAUUGACUGUACCACCAUCUUGCAACUUCAUGAAAUUCCAAGCCUGCAGUCCAUCUACACCCUCGAUGCUGCCAUCUCGAAGGUCCAGGUCUCUCUGGAUGAGCAUUUUUCUAAGAUGGCCGCUGAGACUGAUCCUCAUAAGUCGUCUGAGGUCACCAAGAACCUGCUUCCAGCCACGCUACAACUCAUCGACACCUAUGCUUCGUUCAUUAGAGCCUAUUUGCUACAGAACUUUAAUGAAGAAGGAUCCACUGAAAAACCAUCCCAGGAGAAAUUGCAUGGCUUUGCUGCUGUUUUGGCUAUUGGCUCUAGUAGGUGCAAGGCCAACACUCUGGGUCCCACAUUGGUUCAGAAUUUACCAUCCUGGGUGCAGGCUGUGUGUGAAUCCUGGAAUAACAUCAACACCAACGAGUUUCCCAACAUUGGCUCCUGGCGCAAUGCCUUUGCUAAUGACACCAUCCCUUCAGAGAGUUACAUCAGUGCUGUGCAGGCUGCUCACUUGGGGACACUUUGUGGCCAAAGCCUGCCCCUGGCUGCUUCCCUGAAGCACACCCUUCUCUCGCUGGUCAGGCUGACUGGAGAUCUUAUUGUUUGGUCCGAUGAGAUGAACCCGCCACAGGUAAUUCGGACCCUGCUUCCCCUUCUUUUGGAGUCGAGCACUGAGAGCGUCGCCGAGAUCAGUAGCAACUCCUUGGAGCGCAUCCUGGGCCCUGCGGAGUCUGAUGAGUUCUUGGCUCGAGUAUAUGAGAAACUGAUCACUGGUUGUUACAACAUUCUGGCCAACCAUGCAGAUCCCAAUAGUGGACUGGAUGAAUCCAUCUUGGAGGAAUGUCUCCAGUAUUUGGAAAAGCAGCUGGAAAGCAGCCAGGCUCGUAAAGCCAUGGAGGAAUUUUUCUCUGACAGUGGGGAGCUGGUGCAGAUCAUGAUGGCAACAGCCAAUGAGAACCUGUCUGCUAAAUUCUGCAACCGGGUUCUGAGAUUCUUCACCAAACUCUUCCAGCUGACUGAGAAGAACCCUAACCCGAGCCUUCUGCACCUCUGUGGCUCUCUGGCACAGCUGGCGUGUGUGGAACCUGUGCGUCUCCAGGCCUGGCUCACGCGCAUGACUGCGUCACCGCCCAAAGAUUCCGAUCAGCUGGAUGUGAUUCAGGAGAACCGGCAGCUCUUGCAGUUACUGACUACUUACAUUGUUCGGGAAAACAGCCAAGUUGGGGAAGGUGUGUGUGCUGUGCUUCUGGGCACCCUGAUCCCCAUGGCGACAGAGAUGUUGGCCAAUGGUGAUGGGACUGGUUUCCCUGAACUCAUGGUUGUGAUGGCCACCCUGGCCAGUGCAGGUCAAGGUGCUGGCCAUCUUCAGCUUCACAAUGCUGCUGUGGACUGGCUGAGUAGAUGCAAGAAAUACCUGUCACAGAAGAAUGUGGUUGAAAAACUGAAUGCCAAUGUAAUGCAUGGAAAGCACGUGAUAGUCCUGGAGUGCACGUGCCACAUUAUGUCUUACUUGGCUGAUGUCACCAAUGCCCUGAGCCAGAGUACCGGUCAAGGCCCAAGUCACCUCUCGGUGGAUGGGGAGGAGCGAGCCAUUGAGGUGGAUUCAGACUGGGUGGAGGAGUUGGCCGUGGAAGAGGAGGACUCCCAGGCUGAGGAUUCAGAUGAAGAUUCUCUUUGCAAUAAACUCUGCACUUUCACGAUCACUCAGAAAGAAUUCAUGAACCAGCAUUGGUACCACUGUCACACCUGCAAAAUGGUUGACGGGGUGGGUGUGUGCACAGUGUGUGCCAAGGUGUGCCACAAGGAUCAUGAGAUUUCCUAUGCCAAGUAUGGGUCCUUCUUCUGUGACUGUGGAGCCAAGGAAGAUGGCAGCUGUUUGGCGCUGGUGAAGCGGACUCCCAGCAGUGGCAUGAGCUCCACCAUGAAGGAGUCAGCGUUUCAGAGCGAGCCCAGGGUUUCAGAGAGUCUGGUGCGCCACACCAGCACCUCCCCAGCCGACAAGGCCAAAGUCACCAUCAGCGACGGAAAGGUUGCUGACGAAGACAAGCCCAAGAAGAGUAGCCUGUGCCGCACGGUGGAGGGCUGCCGGGAGGAGCUGCAGAACCAGGCCAAUUUCUCCUUCGCUCCUCUCGUGUUAGACAUGCUCAGUUUCCUCAUGGAUGCCAUUCAGACCAACUUUCAGCAGGCUUCGGCGGUGGGGAGCAGCAGCCGGGCUCAGCAAGCCCUCCGGGAGCUGCAUACGGUGGACAAGGUGGUUGAGAUGACAGACCAGCUGAUGGUUCCCACCUUAGGCUCCCAGGAAGGCGCCUUUGAGAACGUUCGGAUGAAUUACAGUGGAGACCAGGGCCAGACUAUUCGACAGCUCAUCAGUGCCCACGUGCUCCGGCGGGUGGCUAUGUGCGUGCUCUCCUCCCCACAUGGGCGCCGCCAGCAUUUGGCUGUCAGCCAUGAGAAAGGCAAGAUCACCGUUCUGCAGCUCUCUGCACUCCUGAAGCAAGCAGAUUCCAGCAAAAGGAAGUUGACUCUGACCCGCCUGGCUUCCGCCCCCGUCCCCUUUACUGUGCUGAGCCUCACUGGCAAUCCCUGUAAGGAGGACUACCUUGCCGUUUGUGGGCUCAAGGACUGCCAUGUGCUGACGUUCAGUAGCUCAGGCUCUGUUUCGGAUCACUUGGUGCUACACCCCCAGUUGGCAACGGGCAACUUCAUCAUUAAAGCUGUGUGGUUACCUGGUUCGCAGACGGAGUUAGCGAUCGUCACUGCGGACUUCGUCAAGAUUUAUGACCUGUCUGUCGAUGCCUUGAGCCCCACCUUCUACUUUCUCCUACCGAGCUCCAAGAUAAGAGAUGUUACCUUCCUCUUCAAUGAGGAGGGAAAGAACAUCAUUGUUAUAAUGUCUUCAGCCGGUUACAUCUAUACCCAGCUCAUGGAAGAGGCCAGUAGUGCGCAGCAGGGCCCCUUCUAUGUCACCAAUGUGCUGGAAAUCAACCACGAGGACCUGAAGGACAGUAACAGCCAGGUGGCAGGUGGUGGUGUGUCCGUCUACUACUCCCAUGUGCUGCAGAUGUUGUUCUUCAGCUAUUGUCAAGGAAAAUCGUUUGCAGCCACCAUCAGCAGGACGACUCUGGAGGUGUUGCAGCUCUUCUCCAUCAACAUCAAAAGUUCCAAUGGUGGCAGUAAGACGUCUCCUGCCCUCUGCCAGUGGUCCGAGGUGAUGAACCACCCUGGCUUGGUGUGUUGUGUCCAGCAAACCACAGGUGUGCCCCUGGUAGUUAUGGUGAAGCCAGACACUUUCCUUAUCCAAGAGAUUAAGACUCUUCCUGCUAAAGCAAAGAUCCAAGACAUGGUUGCCAUUCGGCACACGGCCUGCAACGAGCAGCAGCGGACCACCAUGAUCCUGCUGUGUGAGGACGGCAGCCUGCGCAUUUACAUGGCCAACGUGGAGAACACCUCCUACUGGCUCCAGCCGUCCCUGCAGCCCAGCAGUGUCGUCAGCAUCAUGAAGCCUGUGCGAAAGCGCAAGACUGCUACCAUCACGACCCGCACGUCCAGCCAGGUGACCUUCCCCAUCGACUUCUUUGAACACAACCAGCAGCUGACAGAUGUGGAGUUUGGUGGUAACGACCUCCUGCAGGUCUACAAUGCGCAGCAGAUAAAGCACCGGCUGAAUUCCACCGGCAUGUAUGUGGCCAACACCAAGCCUGGCGGCUUCACCAUUGAAAUCAGCAAUAACAACAGCACUAUGGUGAUGACAGGCAUGCGGAUCCAGAUCGGGACCCAGGCCAUUGAACGGGCCCCAUCAUACAUUGAGAUUUUCGGCAGAACCAUGCAGCUUAACCUGAGUCGCUCGCGCUGGUUUGACUUCCCCUUCACCAGAGAAGAAGCCCUGCAGGCUGACAAGAAGCUGAACCUCUUCAUUGGGGCCUCGGUGGAUCCAGCAGGUGUCACCAUGAUCGAUGCUGUAAAAAUUUAUGGCAAGACUAAGGAGCAGUUCGGCUGGCCUGACGAGCCCCCGGAAGAGUUCCCUUCUGCCUCCGUCAGCAACAUCUGUCCUUCGAACCUGAACCAGAGCAAUGGCACUGGAGACAGUGACUCUGCAGCCCCUGCUACCACCAGUGGAACUGUCCUGGAGAGUUCUGAAACUGAGUCCCUAACCAAGCUGGACCGGCUGGUUGUGAGUUCUUUAGAAGCCCUGGAAAGCUGCUUUGCUGUUGGCCCGAUCAUCGAGAAGGAGAGAAACAAGAAUGCAGCCCAGGAGCUGGCCACUUUGCUGCUGUCCCUGCCGGCACCUGCCAGUGUUCAGCAGCAGUCCAAGAGCCUCCUGGCCAGCUUGCACACCAGCCGCUCGGCCUAUCACAGCCAUAAGGAUCAGGCCUUGCUGAGCAAAGCUGUGCAGUGUCUCAACACAUCCAGCAAAGAAGGCAAGGAUUUGGACCCCGAGGUCUUCCAGAGGCUGGUGAUCACAGCUCGCUCCAUUGCCAUCAUGCGUCCUAACAACCUUGUCCACUUUACGGAGUCAAAGCUGCCCCCGAUGGAAACAGAAGGAGCGGAUGAGGGGAGAGAUCCUCAGAAGCAGUUGGAAGGAGACUGCUGCAGUUUCAUCACCCAGCUGGUGAACCACUUCUGGAAACUCCACGCAUCCAAACCCAAGAAUGCCUUCUUGGCUCCUGCCUGCCUGCCAGGCCUAACUCACAUUGAAGCUACUGUCAACGCCCUGGUAGACAUUAUCCAUGGUUACUGCACGUGUGAGCUGGACUGUAUUAAUACAGCAUCCAAGAUCUACAUGCAGAUGCUACUGUGUCCCGAUCCUGCCGUGAGCUUCUCUUGUAAACAAGCUCUAAUUCGAGUCCUAAGGCCCAGGAACAAGCGGAGACAUGUGACAUUGCCAUCCUCCCCUCGAAGCAACACUCCAAUGGGAGAUAAGGAUGACGAUGAUGAUGAUGAUGCAGAUGAGAAAAUGCAGUCAUCAGGGAUUCCGAAUGCUGGUCACAUCCGUCAGGAGAGCCAGGAACAGAGUGAGGUGGACCAUGGAGAUUUUGAGAUGGUGUCUGAGUCGAUGGUCCUGGAGACAGCUGAAAAUGUCAACAAUGGCAACCCCUCUCCCCUGGAGGCCCUGCUGGCAGGCGCAGAGGGCUUCCCCCCCAUGCUGGACAUCCCGCCUGAUGCAGAUGACGAGACCAUGGUUGAACUAGCCAUUGCCCUGAGCCUGCAGCAGGACCAACAAGGCAGCAGCAGCAGUGCCCUGGGCCUGCAGAGCCUGGGGCUGUCCGGCCAGGCACCCAGCUCUUCCUCUCUGGACGCAGGAACCCUCUCUGACACCACAGCAUCAGCUCUCGUUAUUCUCUUAGCUCCAGCCUCGGACGAUGAGGGCAGCACGGCGGCGACUGACGGCUCCACCCUUCGGACCUCCCCUGCUGAGCAUGGUGGUAGCGUGGGCUCGGAGAGCGGGGGGAGCGCCGUGGACUCGGUGGCUGGCGAGCACAGUGUAUCUGGUCGGAGCAGUGCUUAUGGUGAUGCCACAGUGGAGGGGCACCCAGCUGGACCAGGAAGUGUCAGCUCAAGCACUGGAGCCAUCAGCACCACCACCGGACACCAGGAAGGAGACGGCUCUGAGGGCGAAGGAGAAGGGGAAGGAGAAGGAGAUGUCCAUACUAGCAACAGGCUGCACAUGGUCCGUCUGAUGCUGUUGGAGAGACUACUGCAGACCUUGCCCCAGUUACGAAAUGUUGGAGGCGUCCGGGCCAUCCCGUACAUGCAGGUCAUUCUGAUGCUCACUACAGAUCUGGAUGGAGAAGAUGAGAAAGACAAGGGAGCCCUGGACAACCUGCUCUCCCAGCUAAUUGCUGAACUGGGCAUGGACAAAAAGGACGUGUCCAGGAAGAAUGAGCGCAGUGCCCUGAAUGAAGUCCAUCUAGUGGUAAUGAGACUCCUGAGCGUCUUCAUGUCCCGGACCAAAUCUGGAUCUAAGUCUUCCAUAUGUGAGUCCUCUUCCCUCAUCUCCAGCGCCACGGCAGCGGCCCUGCUGAGCUCUGGCGCCGUGGACUACUGCCUACACGUGCUCAGAUCCCUGCUGGACUAUUGGAAGAGCCAGCAGAACGACGAGGAGCCCGUGGCUUCCAGCCAGCUGCUGAAGCCACACACGACGUCAUCCCCACCUGACAUGAGCCCGUUCUUCCUCCGCCAGUACGUGAAGGGUCAUGCUGCUGAUGUGUUUGAGGCCUACACUCAGCUUUUAACAGAGAUGGUCUUGCGGCUUCCUUACCAAAUCAAGAAGAUCGCCGAUGCCAACUCUCGAAUCCCCCCUCCUGUCUUUGAUCAUUCUUGGUUUUACUUUCUCUCAGAGUACCUGAUGAUCCAGCAGACUCCGUUUGUGCGUCGCCAAGUCCGCAAACUUUUGCUCUUCAUCUGUGGAUCAAAGGAGAAGUACCGCCAGCUCCGGGAUCUGCACACCCUGGACUCCCAUGUGCGUGGGAUCAAGAAGCUGCUGGAGGAACAGGGGAUAUUCCUCCGGGCAAGCGUGGUUACAGCCAGCUCAGGCUCCGCCCUGCAGUACGACACACUCAUCAGCCUGAUGGAGCACCUGAAAGCUUGUGCGGAAAUUGCUGCCCAGCGCACCGUCAACUGGCAGAAGUUCUGCAUCAAAGACGACUCCGUCCUGUACUUCCUCCUCCAAGUCAGCUUCUUGGUGGACGAGGGGGUGUCUCCGGUGCUGCUGCAGCUGCUGUCCUGCGCCCUGUGCGGCAGCAAAGUCCUCGCCGCUCUGGCGGCCUCCGCGGGCUCCUCCACUGCCUCCUCCUCCUCGGCGCCUGUGGCUGCCAGUUCUGGACAAGCCACGACACAGUCCAAGUCGUCCACGAAGAAGAGCAAGAAAGAAGAAAAGGAAAAGGAGAAAGAGGGUGAGAGCUCAGGCAGCCAGGAGGACCAGCUGUGCACAGCUCUGGUGAACCAGCUGAACAAAUUCGCAGAUAAGGAGACCUUGGUUCAGUUCCUGCGUUGCUUCCUGUUAGAGUCCAAUUCUUCCUCAGUACGCUGGCAGGCGCACUGUCUGACGCUGCAUAUCUACAGAAACUCCAGCAAAUCGCAACAGGAGCUCCUGCUAGAUCUGAUGUGGUCCAUAUGGCCAGAACUGCCAGCCUAUGGUCGUAAGGCUGCCCAGUUUGUGGACCUGCUAGGGUACUUCUCCUUGAAAACCCCACAAACGGAGAAGAAGUUAAAGGAAUAUUCCCAGAAGGCUGUGGAGAUUCUGCGGACUCAAAACCAUAUUCUUACCAACCACCCCAACUCCAACAUUUACAGCACCUUGUCUGGCUUAGUGGAAUUUGAUGGCUAUUACCUGGAGAGCGAUCCCUGCCUGGUGUGUAAUAAUCCAGAGGUGCCGUUUUGUUAUAUCAAGCUGUCUUCCAUCAAAGUGGACACGCGGUACACCACCACCCAGCAGGUCGUGAAGCUCAUUGGCAGCCACACCAUCAGCAAAGUGACGGUGAAAAUCGGGGAUCUGAAACGGACAAAGAUGGUGCGGACUGUCAACCUGUAUUACAACAACCGGACUGUGCAGGCCAUCGUGGAGUUGAAAAACAAGCCGGCUCGCUGGCACAAAGCCAAGAAGGUUCAACUGACCCCCGGGCAGACAGAGGUGAAGAUUGACCUGCCCUUGCCCAUCGUGGCCUCCAACCUGAUGAUCGAGUUUGCGGACUUCUAUGAAAACUACCAGGCCUCCACAGAGACCCUGCAGUGCCCGCGCUGCAGCGCCUCGGUCCCUGCCAACCCAGGGGUCUGCGGCAACUGUGGAGAGAACGUCUACCAGUGUCACAAAUGCAGGUCCAUCAACUACGACGAAAAGGAUCCCUUCCUCUGCAAUGCCUGUGGUUUCUGCAAAUACGCUCGCUUUGACUUCAUGCUCUAUGCCAAGCCCUGCUGUGCGGUAGAUCCCAUCGAGAAUGAAGAAGACCGGAAGAAGGCUGUUUCCAACAUCAAUACGCUUCUGGACAAAGCUGACCGAGUCUAUCACCAGCUGAUGGGACAUCGGCCACAGCUGGAGAACCUGCUCUGCAAAGUGAACGAGGCAGCCCCCGAGAAGCCGCAGGAUGACUCGGGGACGGCCGGGGGCAUCAGUUCUACCUCCGCCAGUGUCAAUCGGUACAUCCUGCAGCUGGCCCAGGAGUACUGUGGCGACUGCAAGAACUCUUUCGACGAGCUCUCCAAGAUCAUCCAGAAAGUCUUUGCUUCACGCAAAGAGUUGUUGGAAUACGACCUGCAGCAGAGGGAAGCAGCUACCAAAUCGUCCCGAACCUCCGUGCAGCCCACCUUCACUGCCAGCCAGUACCGCGCCUUAUCCGUCCUGGGCUGUGGCCACACAUCCUCCACCAAGUGCUACGGCUGCGCCUCGGCCGUCACAGAACAUUGUAUCACGCUGCUCCGGGCCCUGGCCACCAAUCCGGCCCUGAGGCACAUCCUCGUCUCCCAGGGCCUUAUCCGGGAGCUCUUUGAUUACAAUCUUCGCCGAGGCUCUGCAGCCAUGCGGGAGGAGGUCCGCCAGCUCAUGUGCCUGCUAACUCGAGACAAUCCGGAAGCCACCCAGCAAAUGAAUGACUUGAUCAUUGGCAAAGUCUCCACUGCCCUGAAGGGCCACUGGGCCAAUCCUGAUCUGGCAAGCAGCCUGCAGUAUGAGAUGCUGUUGCUGACAGACUCCAUCUCGAAGGAGGACGGCUGCUGGGAGCUGCGGCUGCGCUGUGCUCUCAGCCUCUUCCUCAUGGCGGUGAACAUCAAGACCCCCGUGGUUGUGGAGAACAUUACCCUCAUGUGUCUGCGGAUCUUGCAGAAGCUGAUUAAACCACCUGCUCCUACCAGCAAGAAGAACAAGGAUGUCCCUGUUGAGGCCCUCACCACGGUUAAGCCGUACUGCAAUGAGAUCCAUGCCCAGGCUCAACUGUGGCUCAAGAGAGACCCCAAAGCGUCCUAUGAAGCCUGGAAGAAGUGUCUUCCUAUCAGAGGGACCGAUGGCAACGGGAAGUCCCCCAGCAAGUCGGAGCUCCGCCACCUCUAUUUGACUGAGAAGUAUGUGUGGAGGUGGAAGCAGUUCCUGAGUCGUCGGGGGAAGAGGACCCCGCCCUUGGAUCUCAAGCUGGGCCACAACAACUGGCUGCGGCAAGUGCUCUUCACCCCGGCGACACAGGCCGCGCGCCAGGCAGCCUGCACCAUCGUGGAAGCUCUCGCCACCAUUCCCAGCCGCAAGCAGCAGGUCCUGGACCUCCUCACCAGCUACCUGGACGAGCUGAGCAUAGCGGGCGAGUGUGCCGCCGAGUACUUGGCUCUCUACCAGAAGCUCAUCACUUCAGCCCACUGGAAAGUCUACCUGGCCGCGCGGGGUGUCCUCCCCUACGUGGGCAACCUCAUCACCAAGGAAAUCGCCCGCCUGCUGGCCCUGGAGGAGGCCACCCUGAGCACUGACCUGCAGCAGGGCUAUGCCCUCAAAAGUCUCACAGGCCUUCUUUCCUCCUUUGUUGAGGUGGAGUCCAUCAAAAGACACUUCAAAAGUCGCUUGGUGGGCACAGUGCUGAAUGGGUACCUGUGCUUGCGAAAGCUGGUGGUGCAGAGGACCAAGCUGAUCGAUGAGACCCAGGACAUGCUGCUGGAGAUGCUGGAGGACAUGACCACAGGUACAGAAUCAGAAACCAAGGCUUUCAUGGCUGUGUGCAUUGAGACAGCCAAGCGCUACAACCUGGACGACUACCGGACCCCCGUCUUCAUCUUUGAGAGGCUCUGCAGCAUCAUUUAUCCCGAGGAGAAUGAAGUCACUGAAUUCUUUGUGACUCUGGAGAAGGACCCUCAACAAGAAGACUUCCUACAGGGCAGGAUGCCCGGGAACCCAUAUAGCAGCAAUGAGCCAGGCAUUGGGCCACUUAUGAGGGAUAUAAAGAACAAGAUUUGCCAGGACUGUGACUUGGUGGCUCUCCUGGAGGACGACAGCGGGAUGGAGCUUCUAGUGAACAAUAAGAUCAUCAGUUUGGAUCUUCCUGUGGCCGAGGUUUACAAGAAGGUCUGGUGCACCACAAAUGAGGGAGAGCCCAUGAGGAUCGUUUACCGCAUGCGGGGGCUGUUGGGUGAUGCUACCGAGGAGUUUAUCGAGUCCUUGGACUCCACCACAGAUGAAGAAGAAGAUGAAGAAGAAGUGUAUAAGAUGGCUGGUGUCAUGGCACAGUGUGGGGGCCUGGAGUGCAUGCUCAACAGACUGGCAGGGAUCAAAGACUUCAAGCAGGGACGCCACCUUCUAACUGUGCUCCUGAAAUUGUUCAGUUACUGUGUGAAGGUGAAAGUCAACCGGCAGCAGCUGGUCAAGCUGGAAAUGAACACCUUGAAUGUCAUGCUGGGUACCCUAAACCUGGCCCUGGUAGCUGAGCAAGAAAGCAAGGACAGUGGCGGUGCGGCGGUGGCCGAGCAGGUGCUUAGUAUCAUGGAGAUCAUUCUCGAUGAAUCCAAUGCUGAGCCCCUGAGUGAGGACAAGGGCAACCUCCUCCUGACGGGCGACAAGGAUCAGCUUGUGAUGCUCUUGGACCAGAUCAACAGCACCUUUGUUCGCUCCAACCCUAGCGUGCUCCAGGGUCUGCUUCGCAUCAUCCCAUACCUGUCCUUUGGCGAGGUGGAGAAGAUGCAGAUCUUGGUGGAGCGCUUCAAGCCGUACUGCAGCUUUGACAAGUACGAUGAAGACCACAGUGGCGACGAUAAAGUCUUCCUGGACUGCUUCUGCAAGAUCGCAGCCGGCAUCAAGAGCAGCAGCAACGGGCAUCAGCUGAAGGACCUGAUUCUCCAGAAGGGAAUCACCCAGAGUGCGCUGGACUAUAUGCAGAAACACAUUCCCAGUGCCAAGAAUCUGGAUGCUGACAUCUGGAAAAAGUUCUUAUCUCGCCCGGCCCUGCCAUUUAUCUUGAGGCUUCUUCGGGGGCUGGCUGUGCAGCACCCUGCCACCCAGGUUCUGAUCGGAACGGACUCCAUCACCAACCUCCAUAAACUGGAGCAGGUGUCCAGCGAUGAGGGCAUUGGGACCCUAGCAGAGAACCUGCUGGAGGCAUUGCGGGAACACCCUGAUGUAAACAAGAAGAUCGAUGCUGCCCGCAGGGAGACCCGCGCGGAGAAGAAGCGUAUGGCCAUGGCCAUGAGGCAGAAGGCUCUGGGCACCCUGGGCAUGACGACAAACGAGAAGGGCCAGGUUGUGACCAAGACGGCGCUCCUGAAGCAGAUGGAGGAGCUAAUUGAGGAGCCGGGUCUCACGUGCUGCAUCUGCAGGGAGGGGUACAAGUUCCAGCCCACAAAAGUCCUGGGCAUCUAUACCUUCACCAAGCGGGUAGCCUUGGAAGAGAUGGAGAAUAAGCCCCGGAAACAGCAGGGCUACAGCACCGUGUCCCACUUCAACAUCGUGCACUACGACUGCCACCUGGCUGCCGUCAGGCUGGCUCGUGGCCGGGAAGAGUGGGAAAGCGCAGCCCUUCAGAACGCCAACACUAAGUGCAAUGGUCUCCUUCCUGUCUGGGGGCCCCACGUCCCUGAAUCAGCUUUUGCCACCUGCUUGGCAAGGCACAACACUUACCUCCAGGAGUGUACGGGCCAGCGGGAGCCCACCUACCAGCUCAACAUCCAUGACAUGAAGCUGCUCUUCCUGCGCUUUGCCAUGGAGCAGUCGUUCAGCGCGGACACCGGCGGGGGCGGCCGGGAGAGCAACAUCCACCUGAUCCCCUACAUCGUCCACACUGUGCUUUACGUCCUGAACACAACCCGAGCAACUUCCCGAGAGGAGAAGAACCUCCAGGGCUUUCUGGAGCAGCCCAAGGAGAAGUGGGUGGAGAGUGCCUUUGAAGUGGACGGGCCCCACUAUUUCACGGUCCUGGCCCUCCACAUCCUGCCCCCCGAGAAGUGGAGAGCCACACGCGUGGAAAUCCUGCGGAGGCUGCUGGUGACCUCUCAGGCCCGGGCAGUGGCUCCAGGGGGAGCCACCAGGCUGACCGACAAGGCGGUGAAGGACUACGCUGCUUAUCGCUCUUCCCUUCUCUUUUGGGCCCUCGUCGAUCUCAUUUACAACAUGUUUAAGAAGGUGCCUACCAGCAACACGGAGGGAGGCUGGUCCUGCUCUCUAGCGGAAUACAUCCGCCACAACGACAUGCCCAUCUACGAAGCUGCUGACAAAGCCCUGAAGACCUUCCAGGAGGAGUUCAUGCCAGUGGAGACCUUCUCGGAGUUCCUCGAUGCGGCUGGUCUGUUAUCAGAAAUCACUGAUCCUGAGAGCUUCCUAAAGGACCUGUUGAACUCCAUCCCCUGAACAUCACACAGAAACUGCAGUUAGCAGAGACCGAAGCGAGCUUGCCUUCCAUCCUCCGUGUUCUUCCCUUGUGUGCAUCGAUCCCCUCCCCCACGGGACGCGCGGCACCACUCCUCCCCCCCAUGUCUUGGAGUGGCUUGGGGUUUUUAGGCUUCCUGUUCUGUCUUGUGUGUGUGGUGCACUAGCUAUGAAGUUGUCUGUAACCCAAGCCGUGGAAGGGCCUGUGCGUACCUAGGCGCCACGCGCUGUCCUGGCCGACUCCGCACUCGCGUGUGCACAUCUUGGCAAAUAAACGAGUGACUGAGCACACGCUGAAACAGAA